CUUUUUUCCCUUCCCUUCUUUCCCCGUCUCGCCCGCUUUUCUUUCUCUCUUUCUUCUUUUUUCUUUGUCGCCUCUUUUUCCUCGUAUUCUUCUUUGCUCUCUGCACCGCAACAAACAGCAAAACAUAUAAAUACAUCUCUUUCUUGACCUUUUCCUAUAUACCCUGUUUUCCUUUUCUCUUCCUUUAUCCCCUAAAUUCACUUACCCACCCCCCCCUCCCACCUCCUACCAGUUCGCCUGGGCUGCCCUUAUUAAAACCACAAAAGAACAUACGAGAACAAACAACGGCAAUUGAUAACGAGUAGUAAAGAGAGACGACGAACGACGCUUUACACUGUAUAAAAUCCACAGCAGCCCUCUUCAUCAUGCCCAACAGUUCGCUCUCAACCUACACCACCAUGAUGCGGGUCACCAAGAAUGGCAGGCCUUACUGUCAGGACCUGAACGAUCUGUUUGCUGCGCUCGUGAUACAACACGGCUUGCGAGAUCAUCGGUACAGGUUCCGAACCAUCCCUGCCAGCUUUGUGUUUCUUGAAGCGAUCGAGGUCCUGGGUCAUUUACAGUUCACGCACGUCAUGAAGACUGCCGAUCCGGCGGAUCCGUCGCGUCUGAUUGCCACACGUACCACUACCACCUUUACAAUGUCGCCCAACAUGGCUCGUACCUUGGGCCAAUACUUUUGCACAUCGCGAUUGCUGGAGAAUGCCAUUGACCCUGUCAACCAUUCGCUGAAAGAUAAGGUCAUUUAUAUCUUGUCGCCCAAGGGCAAGUACGUGAUUGAGGACUUUUCUCAACGAGCUCAAGUGCCGAUCAAGCAAAUGGAAAAGGCCCUCUCAAGUGUUGAUUCUUUUAAUAUCGUCACCUUGGAACGAUUGCCGCAGCAUGACGACCAGUUGGCAUUUGCUCGGCCCAACAUGACUUUGGCUUUCAAGACGAUGAUGGCGUAUUUGCCGAUGGAGUCGUUGCUGGCAGAUGAUGCUGGAGGCAUCGACAAGAAGAAUCUGGACGAUUUUCGAUACGCAUUCUAUGGUUAUCAGGCAUUCGAGUGGAUCAGCGAAUACACGACGGUUGUUACACGAGAAGAAGCCGAAAUGGUCGCCGCCGAAUUUGUCCUGUACGGCUGGAUUGCACAAGUGCUUGAUAAAUCCGACCGCGACAACAGCAUCCGCGACGAAUCCGUAGUGUUCAAGAUGGGUCGUGGCACUGUCUAUCAUGUCACGUCGCGUGGUCGAUCUGUGCUGGGCUGGGACAAACCGCUCGACAAGGAACUCCGUGGCACUGUUACUGAUAACCAAGACAUUGUUAUCAUGAAACAGCGCGGACUCGCAGCACGGCUCAAGCACAUUGAAAAGCCAGCGACAGUACCCACCGCAAUCCCAUCAUCCAAAAAGAAUAAACAAGCUCCAGCUUCUACCAACACAGAUGCUGCGUCGUCGCCAUCCUCUGCCGCAUCCACAGCCCCAUCGACUGCAUCCUCAACGUAUUCUGCCGAGAGCCAGAACCCGUCGUCGUCAGACGAUAGCAGCACGGAGAUCAUUCCGAACGCUCUGGAAGGCACAGAGGGAUUGGAAUUCGCCAUGCCUGUAGGCAAAGCAAAACUUGAGCAGGGACACGACACGUUGCAGGCGUCGCAAACGGCAACGGAUAUCGAUGAAGUGACUGAGCGGCUCUUGCAGCUUCGAUCUACAGGUAGCGAAUCACCCUCACGACCGUCCAGCGCAAUUUUUAACAACGACACCACCCAUCAUCAUCAUCAUACAGAGACGGAUUUCAUCACCUCGGCCCCACUCGAUGGCUCGGUCCCGCUCGAUCCAAACUCCCACUGGGCCAAGCUACGACAGAUCCUCGAAGACUCCUUGAUCCGUAUGUACUUUCGCGACUUUAUGAAAUCCCAGUUUUGUGAAGAAAACGUCAAGAUCUGGGUCGACUAUUACAACAUUCGCAAAAAGUGUAAGCGUGGCAACGUGUCAACCAAAGAAUUACUUCGUGACGCAUAUGCCAUGUACGACAACUACCUUGCACCGGAUGCCACCCUUGAAGUCAAUAUCGACCAUGGGUUGCGCCAGGAGAUCAUUUCGUACGUCACCAACAACUUUACGAUCUAUUCGGGCGACGACCACCAGCAUCAGUACCAUCAUCAUCAUCGUCACCACCAUACACACGGUAGUAGUCAUCAGGUGCCUUUUGUAGCUACUGCCUUCCAACCGAACCAGCAGCAGGUCACAGUCGUCGUGAAUGGCCAUACAAACGAAUGUCUGCGUGCGCUGCUCCGCUUGUAUGAUCGGGUCAACGAGCAUAUCUGUCGCAUCAUGGCCCAGGAUUCUGUGCCCAAGUUUAUCAAGACUGACAAAUAUCGUGAACUCGUCGCCCAUCCACCUGCACCCGUACGUCGUAACUCGAUCGAGCAACGGUACCCAUACAAGCCUUCUUCUGCUUCGGGCGAGUAACCCGCUCCACCCUUUUUUUUCUACUCUUCAAGUGUUUAUUUUCGACACCUUUUCUCCAUUCCCUUUCUUUUUCUACUCUCUACUCCUUUAAGUGGGAUCAGUCACUUGUCUGCUUUUUGUCCUCCACCACAGUUUCCCUUCCUCUUUGAAAUAACUCCAACAUCAGCAGCAACAGCAACAGCAUCAUCAUCUAUAUGCCAUACUAUCUAAUCCUACUCGCCCAUCUUACCCCACAAAUCGAUCGAUCGUAUUAUAUUUUCCUCUGCAAACAAACGCCCAGCCACACCCGCGCACACAUACUUACAUAUCUAUUUCCCUCUCCUCUUUUGUUCCUGUCCCAUUCCUUUUUCUUUUGUUUCUAUAUAUGUACAGACUUCAUCUCCCUCUCUUCAGCCUCUUCGCUUCUCGUCAUGCUCUUAUAUCCCACCUCCCCUCCUGGCUUCUAUCCUUCUUUCGUCCUCUAGCAAAUAAAAAAAUGUAAUGUUUAU